AUGGCACCCAUUUCUAUCGUGAGUGUUUUUGAUCAGUGUCAAGUAUCACCACCACCAACCGCCACCAUAGGUGACACCUCUUUGGUAAUGAAUUAUAUGGACAUCUCUCACCUUACUCGGUUUCCCAUUCACCUGCUUUUCUUCUAUCAACUACCAGCACUGACUAAAACACACUUCCUAAAAACUAUUGUUCCCAAUCUUAAGCGCUCAUUGUCAAUCACCCUUCAACAUUUCCCCCCUAUGGCUGGUAACAUAAUCGUGUAUCCACCAACUAGUAGUACUAUAAAACCGGAAAUCCGUUAUGUCAAAGGUGAUUCCGUGAAGGUUACGUUUGCAGAAUGCAAUAAUCUAGAUUUUAAUUACCUUACGGGAUACCAUCCUCGUAAUUGUGAUAAGUUUUACCAUCUUAUACCUCCACUCGGAGACUAUGCCAGAAUAUCAGAUUACAUGAAGAUCCCAGUCUUUGCCUUUCAAGUCACACUUUUCCCGAAUUGUGGUAUCUCUAUUGGGAUGACUUUUCACCAUAGCGUCGGUGAUGCUAGCACUUUGUUUUGUUUCUUGAAUGCAUGGACAUCAAUUGCUCAGUUUGGUACGGACGAAUCGUUUUUAGCUGAUGGAACUAACAUCCCGUUUUACGGAAGAGUGAUCAAUAACCCGCCAGAACUAGAUGCUUUUUUGUCAAGGGUGACCAAGGUUGAAACUCUUUUUGGUGAAGCGUAUCAACCACCAAAGCUGUGUGGUCCAACCGAUAGAAUCCGUGCUACGUUUUUGUUGCCACGAACCAUGAUUGAUCAGUUAAAAAAAACAGUUUCUAUCCAACUGCCAACAUUGUCGUAUGUUUCGUCUUUCAUAGUGACAUGUGCUUAUAUUUGGUGUUGCCUUGCAAAAGCACUCAAGGACGAUGAUCGACAACUAUUCGUUAUCCCCGUCGAUGCUAGGACUCGUUUGGAUCCACCGAUAUCAGCUACCUACUUUGGCAACUGCCUUAACAUGUGUGUAACACAUGCAAUAACCAAUCUUUUGAAGGAAAAUGAUGGAUUUAUUACAGCCGUCAAGUUAAUUGGAGAGAAUCUAUAUGAUAUGUUAAACGAUAAGGAAGGAAUCCUGAAAAUCAACACACCAGAAGAAGUUAGAACACAGGGGAUGCCGAAAACAAUGAUAGCGAUUUCAGGAACACCAAAGCUCAGAUUUCACGACAUGGAUUUCGGAUGCGGAAAACCGAAAAAGGUAGAAACAAUUUCGAAUGACUAUGGUUUAUCAGUAUCUAUUGAGGCGGGCAAAGAAUCCAAUCAAGAUAUGGAGAUAAGCAUUAGCCUUAUGCCUGCCCAGAUGGAAGCUUUUGUUACUGCCUUCAACCAAGAGCUCCCUAAAACCAUAUUAUCGGAUUAA